CCGGCAAAAAUCGAGUAGACCAUCCAACCAAGCAAGCGAGGUCGGCAAACAACAACAAUGGCGAAAAGUGGGAAGUUAAGUCCUCAAAACGUGCCUUACUCAGAUUUAGAGCAUUUUGUGAAUGCAGAUGGGCAGUGCAUUUACUGUAAAUACUGGGAACCACCCGCUGGCACCCCAGUCAGGGCAUUGCUUCAUGUUAUCCAUGGUAUGGGUGAACAUUGUGAACGCUACAACAAAAUAGCUGAGCAUUAUAACAAACAUGGCAUCCUGGUAUUUGCACAUGAUCACAUUGGUCACGGCAAGAGUGAAGGGCCAAGGGCGGACGUCAAACAUUUCCAGUUCUUCGUCCGUGACUGCCACCAGCACAUUGGCUUGAUGAGAUCCAAAUAUAAGGACUUACCCAUUUUCCUGUUUGGGCAUUCUAUGGGAGGAACUAUCGCAGUACUUGUGGGGUAUGAAAGGCCGUCACUGUUCGCCAACUCAGGAGUCAUACUGUGUGCUCCUGCCAUCAAAGCAAAUCCUGACAUCGUGACUCCGUUUAAGCUGUUUCUUGGUAGGAUGCUUGCCAACGUUCUUCCCCACACUCCGAUGGGCAAGCUGGAACCUUCAGAUAUGAGUAGGGACCCCGAGGUGGUCAAAGAUUACGAGAACGACCCUUUAGUCUACCACGGUAAAGUCAUGGCGCGUUUAGCGAUCCAGACCCUUCAAGCAAUGGAUAGGAUUGAGGUUGGUCUGCCUGACGUACGGUGGCCGUUCCUUCUCCAGCACGGAGACCAGGACAAGCUAGCUGAGAUCUCAGGCUCCAGACUUAUGUAUGAGAAGGCGCCUAGUGAGGACAAGACAUUCACUGUGUACGAGGGCUGCUUUCAUGAACUGGAUAAGGAACCAGGGGAGGACGGAGAGAGAGCCACCAAAGAAGUUGUAGACUGGGUCCUGCAACGACUGCCUAGCCAAUGAGACAAGUCUCAAUUUACCUGAAGGCUUUUUCACACUAGAGCCUCUCAACCCGGGUUGAACUCAACCCUGGGCAAACCCGUGCCGCCCUGGGUUGAGUUUGUGAAUUUUCAACCCUGCGUUCAACCCUACAUCGUUUCAUACUUGACUUGUUUUGUGCAAACCGAGCUUAUUUCGCUCAGUUACUACUGUUUUGAACCCUUGCCAGAGUUUCAACCCGGGUUGAAAAUCUCAACCCUGGUCUGGAGCAGGGUUGAGUUCAACCCUAAGCGAAAUGAAUCUCAGGGUUGACGCGGGGUUGAAAUUUGUUUCUGUAGGAUGUACUGCUCUGGAAGCAUGUCAAACUCGGACCACUCCGAAUGUUCUGUUGGAAACAUGUGCUGUUUUCAUUAAGAAUAGCCAAGUAAUCCUAAUGGCAAAUGUGAAUUUUAUGACGUACAGGGAAAUAUUCUUGCUACAAAGCACAAAAGUUGAGCAUAUUUCAACUCUAGCGAACUUUGCCUUAAAUGUCAAAUUUGCUUCAUAUUUACUCUCACGUGAAGUAUGGAUGAUAAAAU